AUGCAAACGUGCGAGAAUCCGACGGUCACGUCACAACCCAUUGACGAAGUGCUGGCCCUGAUUGUGUCUGUGAACGACACGACGCAAUGGUUACUGAUCGCUCACAAACUCAACAAGUUAUCCGAAGCGCAACUACGUUCUUACACUUCCGACAACCUCGAUCCUUUGACGAUUCUCGAUCCAGCUGUUCACAGUCUCGGCUACUUGUACUUUAUUACUGCGCGAUGUCUGAUUGCCGACGCGGACAAUGCCGGCCAGCUUUUACAGAUGCUCUGUCACUUUAUUGAUGUUGUCGAUAUCCAGCAGCUCCGUCUCGCUCCGGCAAGAGUUGCCAUGGUCGCCACCGCUUUAGAACAUUUGGCUACUUCACUUGAAAAGCCCAUGGUGCCGGUGCUUCCUUUAAUGACCGCGAUUGAAAAAAUGGCGUCUUCACCUCACGUACUUACUUCACUUCAUGCACCUCUCGCCAAGUGCUGCUUGUUAGCCAAGGCUUACAAGUAUCCUCUUCGUAUAUUAGAUCAAGACAUCGAGACCGUGGAUCCUGUGACAUACGCUACAUCAAUUGUAAGCUUCCUGGAGUACCAUUAUUACGGGGCGAUGAUUUACAUUGGCAACAAGAAUUUCGACCGAGCAUUGGAUUUCUUAAUCUUGGUGAUUUCGGCGCCUACACAAAACGCUGUAAGCGCAAUCCAGCUUGAAGCGUUCAAAAAAUAUAGCCUUGUCUCUCUUAUUCACGACGGACAGUGGCGGACCUUGCCUAAAUACACCUCUGUCAUGGUGACCAAAUCGGCCAAAAUUCGGUGCCUUCCGUAUUACGAGAUUAGCAAAGCGUUUGACAAUACCGAUAUACGGCAAUUUGAAACCUUGUUUGACAAGCAUCGAGCCGUGUUUGAAUCAGAUAAUCAUAUCGGACUGAUGAAGCAAUGUCAUGAGGCAUUAUAUCGAAAGCGCAUCAAAGAAUUGACCAAUGUCUACAUGACGGUCGGUAUCCCCGAUAUUGCCAAAAAAUUAGAUACCAUGGAACCCGUCAGUGAUGAAAAAGUCGAACGUAUUCUUGUCGACAUGGUAAGGGAUCGCCUAAUUUGUACCUUGUCAAAAAUACUUAAAAAAGAGGGGAAAUGGUAG